UUGACCCUGCCUGUUCCCUCCCCAACCUCUCCUUCUCUUCCUCCUCCUCCUCUCUCUCUAUAACUCUACAUAUAGCGGCCUGUGUAUAUCUUCGGUAUCUAGCUAGCUGGGCUGCUUUUUUAAUUCAGUAGUUCAGGCUUGUUGGAGGUUUGACAAUGGAGGUUUUUGAGCAUUGGUUGUCGUUUCUCUAACAGAGCCUGAGGUUUCUUUGUGUUGUUCGUCUUUUUUUUUUUGUGUUUGGCCGUGUUUGCAGAGGAGGAAUUUUGACGGAAAAUUUGGUCGAUUCGAAAUGGCCGUGGAGUCCACCUGCUGCGGAUCGGGGUUUUUCAUUCACAUACUGGUGAUUAUAUUCCUGGUGUUGUUCGCUGGUUUGAUGUCUGGGCUCACUCUAGGUCUCAUGUCUAUGUCUCUCGUUGAUCUCGAGGUUCUUGCCAAAUCAGGAACUCCAAAGGAUCGCAAACACGCCUUGAAGAUAUUACCAGUAGUUCAAAAGCAGCAUUUAUUGCUUUGCACGCUACUUAUUUGCAAUGCUGCCGCUAUGGAGGCACUUCCCAUUUUUCUUGAUGGUCUGGUUACUGCUUGGGGUGCUAUUCUGAUUUCGGUGACACUGAUUCUUCUAUUUGGUGAGAUUAUACCACAGUCUGUUUGUUCUCGAUAUGGUUUAGCUAUUGGUGCUGCUAUAGCUCCUUUUGUACAUGGCCUCGUUUGGAUCUGCUUUCCAGUUGCCUUUCCAAUAAGCAAGCUACUGGACUUGCUGCUGGGGCAUGGCCAUGUAGCACUCUUUCGCAGAGCUGAAUUGAAGACACUUGUUAAUUUGCAUGGUAAUGAGGCUGGAAAAGGCGGAGAACUGACACACGAUGAGACGACUAUUAUUGCUGGGGCUCUUGAGCUCUCAGAGAAAACUGCUAAAGAUGCCAUGACUUCUAUAUCUGAAAUUUUUGCAAUUGAUAUUAAUGUCAAGCUCGACAGGGAGUUAAUGAAUUUGAUUCUGGAAAAAGGGCACAGCAGGAUUCCAGUGUAUUAUGAGCAACCUACAAACAUAAUUGGACUAGUUAUGGUCAAGAAUCUGUUGACAAUUCACCCUGAAGAUGAAACACCUGUGAAGAAUGUUACCAUACGGAGGAUCCCCAGGGUUCAAGGAACUCUGCCAUUGUAUGACAUAUUGAAUGAAUUUCAGAAAGGUCACAGCCAUAUGGCAGUUGUUGUUAGACAAUGCAAACAGGCUGAGCAGCUUUCCUCCAGCAGUGCUUCUGACAAUGCUGAGAAAGAUGUCAAAAUUGACAUUGAUGGUGAAAAGCCUCUGCAAGAAAAGGUCUUAAAGAGCAAGAGGCUACUCCAUAAGUGGAAGAGCUUUCCCAACAGUGCCAACAAUUCAUAUGGACGAUCUAGGAGCAGGAAAUGGACAAAAGACAUUGACGCCGACAUCUUGCAUAUAGAUGGCAAUCCACUUCCACAACUCGCUGAAGAAGAAGCUAUCGGCAUACUAACAAUGGAAGACGUCAUUGAAGAGCUCUUACAGGAGGAGAUCUUUGAUGAAACUGAUCAUCAUUUGGAGGAUUCAUGACGAAGGCUUCCAGAACAGUAGCAUGCAACGGUAUUCUGAAAAUUUAGGGAAGAAAGGAAUAUCCCAAUUUGGUUUAUCCAUAGGCUCGUUAUGAACUAGUGUGGGCCUUGCAAGUGAUCAUGUACCGUUCAGUAAUGAAGGAUGUGGUUAUGGGAAACAAUGUGGUAGUUUUAAGUACUCUGAAUUCAGUAGUGAAGAAAAUAUAGAUGGUGGCAACUGGCAUGGCCCUAAAAUGAGUUGGCUGCCCAUCGUAAUUGUGCAUCCUUACCUUCACAACCUUGAAGAGCUAGAAACUGGGCAGAGUCCCCGGCAAAUGAUCAAGGAUUGUAAAUAGCAAUAGGAUUUCCAGUUUGCUUGAUCAAAGAAGACCUGAGUUUGGCAUUAUCCAUUUACCACUUAAUAAUGACAUAAAAUGAUUGUAAGGAUAACCAAAUUGUUCUCAAUCUAUUUGCUUUUCAGCA